UACUGUCAGCAGCAGUUACACUGUUACUUUGACACCUGGACAAAUAUGGAUGCACUGAAGCUGUACUUAAUUCUUCUUAUACCACUAACUGCAUGUUCACAAGAUUUGGGAGGAGAAACUGUUGUGAAAACAAUUGGGAAACAACCAGAUGUCACUCAAAUAUGCACCAAUGAAACACAGAACAUGAUCACACUGAUAGUUUGUACGAUCAGAACUCAGAGAAGUGGAGGAGGAUAUUGUAGUCUGCUGUAUGAACAUGCACGGGGCUUUGAACAGAAAUGUGACUCCAGGUUCACACUGAUGAAAGAAAAUCAGACUGUGUUUCUCCACCUGAUCAAUUUAACAUCAGAGGACAGUGGGAGCUACACCUGUCAGUGUACAACUCCUGGAAGAACAAAUAUUUUCCAUCUUAAUGUCACUGUGGAAGAACUAAGCAGCAGGUCUGGAACAGAAACAGUUCCUCUUACAUGGAUUUGUGUAACUGUGUUCAUCAUUGUGAACUUAGUUAUCUUUGGAUUUAUUCACGGACAACUGCGCCACAGUGGCUGUUCAAGGUCAGAAACAGCUGGACUAUCAGUGAAUGAGACUCACGGCUCUUUGGAUGAAGAUGUCCAAGAUGAUUCUUACACAAACCUUCAGCAUCCAACAAAUGAUGUCUACCAAACUAUCACCUCAGAUCACCCUCAGCAUGACAUCACUACAAAUUAAGAAUAUUAAGUGUCUGUUGUUGUGAUUAUUCAGCCAGAAGAACAGAAGCUGUCAGAAGCUGACAACGUUUAAACAUUUUGAAACAUGUAAAACUGCACAUGUACACAUGAGUAAUAUUGGUCUGAUAUAAAUAUUUUUGGAUUAUCAUUAUGACAAGACACCUCAUUUACUCUGGACACAUGUUUUAUAAUAACUGAGGUCAUUCAGUCUUAACACUCCAACUCUGUGAAACAGGUUCACAGAUGCGUCCUUUUGCAAAUACAAACUAACUGUGUCAAUAUGAAUCCUUGUGUUUUUGAAAGUUUAUGAAAACUAACAUUUCACCAUCGUCCGCUCUUAAUUCCAGACAUGAGUUUGUUUCUAAACUAAAACUAAACAGUUAAAAACAGAGAAAAACUCUUCCUGGGUUUUUCUUCUGUAUUCAUGUGUUUACUCACUGUUUUAACAUUUAAGGCAUCCAAACAUAUGAGAAUUUGAGGUGUAAAUUACUGAGGGGUGCAGGUCUUUUUUUCUACAAGUAGUUCUACAUGAUACUCACAGACACAGUUACUUCCUGAUCAGUAUGGUCAUACAGAAACUCUGCUGUGCUGCUUCUGAAUCUACUUCUGUUUAAGCUGUGAAGAUAAUAUCUAUAUAUUAAAUUCUGAGUGUGUAAGUUUCAACAAACAUGGCAGUUAAAUGUGUGACACGCCCACUGAGAUGAACAAAUGAGUAUGUUUAGUUUUUCUGUGUGAUUCUGCUCAGUGUUUUACUUUUAAAGGGCCUUUAACUUAAAGCAGAAGUGAUCAUCCAUAUACUUCCUUUGCAGAAGCAUCCUACCAGCAUGAAACGCUGUGAGAGAUAAAAGAGUUUUCUGUAACUCCUUGAGUUUGCUUAGUGAUUUACUUUGAGAGAGUUUUAAUAUGAGAGCAGAAGCGGCCACGUGUUUAUAGAAGCAUUCUGACAAAGAUGGACCUCUGUAAAGUUCUUUCUUUGAGGUUUAUUAACAACUCUCAGUACAACAUCGUCUGUACUGUCAGCAGCAGUUACUGUGACUUGGACACCUGGACAAAUAUUGAUGCACUGAAGCUGUACUGUAUUCUGCUUCUACCACUAACUGCAUGCUCACAAGAUUUAGGAGGAGGUAAUGUAAAUUUUUGUUCCAUCAAGAGUGUUUAACUCUUGAUGGAACAAAAAUUCUGCAUCUUAAUGUCACUUCUUCCCACUCUAUUAAAAUGACAUUGAACUGUUUACAUGAUUGAUUUGUUGUCUUGCUUUUUCCUCGUUCAUCAGUUUAAAUAAUAAACAACAUGAUGUCCAGGCUUAUACUGGCGAUUACACCUGAUUUCACUUUGUUUUUCAUAUAAACGACUGUUUUAACUGUUUAAUGUCAGUAGAAACUGUAAACUGUGCUUUGAAUACCUCAGAUAUGAUAACGUAAUGUGUGAUGUGUGUUGGAAUUA